AUGAAAGAGAGAGACCAGUUUGUUGCAGUUGCAUCCAUUGCGCUCUUUCUGCUCUACUUCGUCUACGACAUUCCGGCUGCAAUCAACAGCAGCAUCGCAUUUGGUGGAUCACCAGCAACUGCUCACCAGGUUGCUGUCCUCUACACGGCCUACGCCCUCCCAAACACAGUUUGCCCACUCGCAUUCGGCCACCUCCACGGAUUCAUCAGAAAUGGAAUUCUGUUCAUUUUGGCCACAUUCGUCUUUCUGGGCCAGGCCAUUUUCACUACCGCAAUUUUGAUGGAAUCAAUCAGCCUGGCUGCCCUAGGACGCGUCUUCUACGGAAUUGGCCUCGAAUCGUUCUUCGUGUUCUGUGAGAGUAGAAUCACCGCCUACUACGCUGGUAGCGAGCUGGCUGUGGCCACUGGGCUCUUUCUUUCGAUAGGUCGCCUUGGAACUGUCUUCACUUUCUACUUCUCCCCACAGACAGCCCUCUCCUACGGUGCCAUCUUCCUCUGCAAAGGUGGAUUCGUUCUCAUCUGCCUUGCUGCUGCCCUGAUGACGUCACUCUUCACCUACAAGUCACCUAAGGAUGAAGAUGAGAGUGAGGAGACCCCUGUCUCUGCCCCAGUCUCAGACAGUCACCUACUCUUCCUCGUCUACCAGUGCGUCUUCCUCUUUGGUGCCAUUUGGGCUCCCUUCUACAACAUUGCGCCACUGAUGCUCCAAAUUCGAUUCAGCUUCUCUCAGGUUGAAGCUGGCAGAUUCCUUGGAUGCGUUGAGGGAUCCUCGAUCUUCCUGCAGUCGCUGGUUGGCCUCUUCGUCGACCACUGUGGCUACAAGCUCUUUGUUGUGCUUGCCAGUGCAUUGCUUAUUCUGGUUGCUCACGCCAACUUUCUCCUACGCUUUGCCAGUGUCCCAGUUUCAAUUGGUGCCCUUGCUCUUGCUGCCCCAAUGAUGGCCUGCUACUGGCCAUGCAUUCCAAAGGUCGUCUCUCCCAGUCAACUGCCAAUGACACUGAGUCGAAUCAGCUGCCUACUGAAUCUGGCGUACACUGUCUCCCCCCUUGUUGCCUCUCUCCUUCUUCGAAUCAGCCCAGACUACUCUGCUGCUGAAUUGUACAUUUGUGGACUGAUCUGUGUCCUCCUCUACAAAAUAGUUGGACUGAUCUGGGCUAAUCAGAAACUGGGAGGUGGCCUGAAUGAGCCAGAAAUAUCAAAAAGGUGCAAGGGUGAUACCAACCAGAAUGACACCAGUGUAUAG